UACUGUGUGAGCUGUGAUUGGUCACAUCUUGUCACAUGGUACAAGGCUGUUGUGAAUAGCCUUGUACCAUGUGACCUCUGUGAUCAUUCACAGAUUUCACACGUAGUAAGCAAUGAUGUCAGAAGUGACAUCUUGCCUACUACUCUGCAUAUGAUCACUGAUUGGCCAUUCAGUGCGCCAUUCGUGGCCUCAGCUGUCAAUCACCGAUCCCGGAUAGUGAUCCCCUGCUGGCAGCGGCCAAUCUCCGAGGAUUUCCAACGGGGGAGAGACAGUUAUGUAAACAAUACAGAUCUCUCCCAUCAGCUC